CGUCAACAAAAUAUUUACCAAGUUUUCCCAUUGAAAUUAAGUUUCUUACUGGAAAAUGGCUGAGAAACCAGCUUCAGCGGAAAUCCGUGCCUGCAAAGCCAUCGUGAAGACCCUGUGCUCCAGUGUUCACAAAAAGGUGGCGUGGGUUUUCUACGAUCCAUUGGAUGCCGAGCUUUUGACCCUGUACGAUUACCAUGCCAUUGUGAAGGAACCUAUGGACUUAUCCACGGUGAGACAACGCCUCAACAAUGGUGUCUAUCGGACUUGCACGGAGUUCGCCAAGGACGUGCGGCUGAUAUUCUACAAUACGUAUAUGUACACGACUAAGGACCAUUUGUGCUACGAGAUGGCCCAGAAGCUGCAGGCGAUAUUCGAGCGCUUGUACGCUGAGGUUCAUCAGACGUACGCUCAUAAAUCUGAGGCGGUAGAUGAGACUCCUUCGAGUCCCUCUUCUGAUUCUGUAGAUUCAUCCUCCUCCUCCGAAGAAGAUGAGUCGUCUAGCUCUUCAAAUGAAGAGGAUGCCGAACCAAUGGACCGGAGAGCUUCGGGAUCCUGUAGCACUCAGAAGCAAGGCAAUCCCUUCACCACCGAGGAAGACUUUGAUUUGCACGCCAAGAUCCUGCAGUUGGACGGGGAGGUGCUACUCCAUGUGAUACACAUGGUCCAUCGCAUGGAGGGCGCCGCCUAUAGCAACAAGGAAGUGGAGUUCGACAUCAGUAAGCUGAAGGUGACGACAAAGCGCGCUAUACUAGAGUAUAUGGCCAGCAAGGGGAUCACGGGAAAGAGAAUGAAUCGAACGAAGCCUAGAUAUAACUGAGGUUCACGGUUUUCCUGGUUCUUUU